ACGAAAUCCCAUUGCCCUAAUCAGAAAAUCCGUACUCUCAAUUCCAUCAUCGCCCCCAAUUCUCAUUUCUGCUACGAUUUCACUGCUAACUGAUCUUCAUCAACAGCCGAUAUCUCUCUCUAUCUCUGUAUAUACACAUUUUCUGUGUUUUCACAAAUCCUCUGUUUGUCUGUUCCAGCUCGCAGAUUACGCGCAGUGUGUGUUUUCUAUGUGAAAAAAGCACCAGCUCUCUUUCUAUCUCUCACUCUAUAAUUCAUAGUAAAAUAAGGAGAAUUGAUACCUCAUACCUCAAUGAGACUUGAUCUUCAUCGUCAAUCAAUCGAAAAAGCAGCUGAUUCCGCUCCAAUCACCAUCGACUGCGAAGCCAGCAAUCGCGAAUUCGAGUCCAAAGAGGAGGCGUUCACCUUCUACAAAGAGCACGCACUAGCCGUUGGAUUCUCCGCCAUCAUAAAGGCCAGUCGUCGAUCGAGAAUCUCCGGCAAAUUCAUCGAUGCGAAGUUCGUCUGCACUCGCUAUGGCGCCAAGCCAGAAACUAGUGUGGAUCCAGAAAUCGCAGGAAAUGCCCAAUCGAAGAAGAAACGAGGCCGUAUCAAUCGAUCGUGGUCGAAAACGGAUUGCAAAGCUUGUAUGCACGUGAAGAGGAGGCAGGAUGGGAGGUGGAUCGUGAGCAAUUUCGUGAAGGACCAUAAUCACGAUCUCGUUAUCGAUGAUCCCGGUUUGAGAAAUGUGAGGAGGAAGAAGAUGUGUGUGAGUUCGGCUCGAGCUCGAGCUGAGAGCUUCUCAGGCGACGCGCAGGUGUUGCUCGAGUAUUUCUCGUCUAUGCAAGACGAGAAUCCCUACUUCUUUUACGCGGUUGAUCUGAGCAAAGAGCAGCUUCUGAGGAAUGUGUUUUGGGCUGAUGCAAAAGGGAGGAUUGAUUAUUUCAAUUUCGGAGAUGUGGUGUUGUUUGACACAAUGUAUAAAAGGAAUGAGUCUAAGUUGCCAUUUGUACCUUUCAUUGGGAUGAACAAUCACUUUGAGUUCUCGCUGCUUGGCUGUGGAUUUGUCGCAGACGAGAGCAAAUCAUCGUACGCGUGGCUGCUUCGCGCCUGGCUGAGAUCAGUGCGCGGCCGAGCACCUAAGAUCAUCCUGACCGAUCAGGACAUCGUGCUGAAGGAGGCCGUGGCUGAGGUUUUCCCCGCCUCUCGACAUUGCUUUGCUCUGUGGCACGUGUUUAGUAAGAUCCCGGAGAAGCUAGGUUACGCGAUGAGGCAGCACGAGGAGUUUGUGGAGAAGUUUCACAAGUGCAUUCUCAAGUCUCAGACUGAGGAACAGUUUGAGAAACGGUGGUGGAAAAUGGUCGAUAGGUUCGAGCUGAGGAGCGAUAAGUGGAUUCAGUCGUUGCACGAUGAUCGCCUGAGAUGGGCCCCGGUGUAUAUGAAAGGCGCGUUUUUGGCAGGGCUGUCGUCUCCGCAGCGUUUGGAGAGCGUGGUUUCUGCUCUAGACAGAAGCUUGCUGCGUAAGACGAGCAUCAAGGAGUUUCUGCAACAGUAUAAGACGAUGUUAGACGAGAGAUACGAGGAGGAAGCAAGAGCAGAUGUCGACAGUUGGCAGAGGCAGCCGGGAUUGAAGUCCCCGUCUCCGUAUGGGAAACAGAUGGCUCAGAUAUACACUCAUGCCGUGUUCAAGAAGUUCCAAGCCGAGGUCUUGGGGGUGGUCGCUUGUCACCCGAAGGUGGAAGGAAGAGACGAGGAUGCAACGACUGCGUUCAAAGUCCAUGACUUUGAGGCAAACCAGGUUUAUCGUGUAACAUGGAACGAAGAGACAGAAGAUGCAUCGUGUGGGUGCCGGAUGUUUGAGUACAACGGAUUCCUUUGUAGACAUGUGAUGAUUGUUCUUCAAAUUUGCGGUGUGAAUAGCAUACCGGCUAAAUAUAUCUUGCAGAGGUGGACAAAGAAUGCGAAGAAUGGAGAGGAAGCGAGUCGAGCUGAUGGAUUGGAGUCGAGGGAUGAACGUUGCAGUGAUCUGUACGAGCGCGCGUGUAAACUGGGCGAUGUAGCUUCGUGGUGCCAAGAGACAUACAGAGUUACCUUUGCUGCAGUAGAAGAGGCUGUUAGAAAGUGUGAAAACAUUAACAAUUCAGUCGAAAGACUCGAACACGUGUCGCUGUCACGCCCCAGUUUGCCUUCCAAUAAUGCUCUUCAAGAAUCUGGAGGAGUAAUUCAGGGCAAGACUAAAACAGAGGAAAUCAACUCAGGGAAAGAAAAAGUGCAUCUGGAGCAGGAGACAACAACUACUGGGCUGCAAUGGGACCAAAUGGGAUAUUUGAAUUUUCGAGCAUCAACGCUCGAUUGUUGCUACGGACCACAGCAAACCGAACAAGGGAUGGUGUGAAGCCACCAAACACGCCUGUGAAUCCCGAGCAGUAGUUCAUCUCGUUGGCUUGAUAACUAUAGGAUAGCUAAUCUUGAGAGUUCUAACCUAUGAUGUGCAGCCAUUUUUGGGCUAAUAUUAUGUACAGUUGAUGAACAAGAUAAAUUUUUUAAUAGAAAGUUCAAAUGGCAAAC